AUGGCCCGCGUAUGCGUACUUGGUGCGGGGGCUGCUGGUCUCUGUUCCGCCCGGCACUUGCUGGUGGAGCCCUCUGUCGAGCGAGUCGACAUCCUCGAGCAGGCCUCCCAGCUGGGCGGCACCUGGGUCUACACCGAGACCGUCGGCUACGACGACUUUGGACUGCCGAUACACACCAGCAUGUACAAGAGUUUGAGGACCAACCUGCCAAAGGAGAUAAUGGGUUUUCCUGAUUUCCCGGUGCCUGAGAGUGAAAAAUCAUACCUCCCUGCUAAAGAUAUGCUGGCCUUCCUACAACUUUAUGCUGAUAAACAUGGAGUAACUCCUCAUAUUAAGUUCAACCAUCAUGUACAACUAGUUAUACCCAAAGCGGGACCAAGUGGGGAGCUGUGGGACGUCACAUUCAAGAAUCUCGUGACCGGAGAAUCGGAGACACGUGAAUAUGACUACGUGUUUGUCUGUAAUGGACAUUACAACACUCCCUUCAUACCUAGUAUACCGGGCCUCAAAGAAUUUCAAGGAGAAGUGAUGCACAGCCACGAUUACAGAGUGCCAGAAAUCUUCACUGGGAAGACAGUCCUAGUCGUAGGCGCCGGCCCAUCUGGUAUGGACAUUGCAUUAGAGAUCACAUCGGUCACCGCUAAGGUCAUACUCAGCCAUCAUCUCAAAGAACAACCUAAGACAGUGUUCCCUGAAAACUUGGAGCAAAAGCCUGAUGUUGUGAAGCUAGAAGGAAGGACUGCAUAUUUCCAAGAUGGAACCCAGGAGGAAGUGGACGUUUUCUUCUUAUGUACUGGUUAUCAGUACAACUUCCCGUUCCUACAUCAGUCCUGUGGUAUCGUGGUAGAAGAUAACUGUGUGGAGCCCCUCUACAAACACCUGGUCAACAUAUACCAUCCCAGCAUGUGUUUCAUCGGGGUACCUUAUUACGUCUGCGCAUUCUCCAUGUUUGAUUUACAGGUCCGAUAUUACGUGCGGUCUAUGAACGGUGCAUUCAGUCUGCCCACGCAACAGCAGAUGGAAGAACACUGGGAGCACGAGAAGCAGGAGCGCGCCGCCAGAGGUUACACCAAGCGACAAGCGCACAUGAUGGGACCCGAUCAGGAAAGAUAUUACGCAUCGUUGGCAACUGAAGCCGGAACGGAAACUCUUCCAUCCGUUCUUACCAAAAUCAGGGAAGAAAGCACCAUAAGAUUCUUCCACAACUUGACGAGUUACCGACAAGACAUCUACAAGAUUAUUGAUGACAAUACAUAUGAAGUUAUAAGUAAUGGGAAGCGAGAAGUUCUUUGUUGA